AAGCAAUUAGUCCAUGGGUCUCAACUCCAUGGGUCUCAACUCUUUUCAAAUCAGUCUUUCAUGUUUUGAAUUUAAUCAAAUCAAUCCUUCAUGUUUUUGAAUUUAAUCAAAUCAGUCCAUUUAAUCUUUGUUUGUGCUUAUUGUGCAUACAUGUUCUUGAUUUUGUUCAUUUCAGUCCAAAAAUUAAAAAUGUUUCAAUUUGGUUUAUCUUUUUUUUUUAAAAAAAAAAUUGCUUAUUAAGACUUAAACAUAAACAUAAUGAAUAAGUUGAACUAAAACCCCAAUGUUAAAGUAUGCAACCGUGUUUAAACGGAGGAUUGUGAGGUGCGCGUAUAUCCUUCCUCACACCUAAUUGAACCCUCGAACCCCAAUCUCUGCGCAAACCUGUUUUUUAGGUGACUUGUCCUACCUUAUAAUUUGGACGAGUGGCGACUUAUUUUUCUUAUAUAUUUCACACUUCACUCACUUAAUGUUUUUAAGUUUAAGUGUGGUCGUCAACAGAUUGGCGACUCCACUGGGGAUCGAACUUGGAAUCUCUGGUUUCCAUAUUCUGGGUUCACGAGGGUUUAGCUAAUGCUUUACCUUGGGGGAAUUUUUCAACUUUUGAUUUUCUUUUCUCGUUGAGUCUUUGCUUGUCCUUGUUGCUUGUUGCAUGUGCUUGUUGAUUGUUGGCUUGUUGCUUUGGUGUUAGCUUCGGUGUUUGCUUCUGUUGUUUUGUUUUGAAUAGUUAUCUUGCUAUAUCUUGACAUGCAUCAUACCUUACUCAUAUGUUCAUCCAUCGUAUCAUCUCACAUGCUCAUGCAUCAUUGAUGUUACAUACUCAUUCAACAUGCACUAUGCUUACAUGCUUGCUUGCUUGUGUGUGGAUAUACUCACCUUUUACACUUGGCUAUGGAGUACUUAGUGAGUCUCUUCCCUCUUGUGCGAUUAUCUAUAUCUUGUUGCAUGCUAAGUGUUGAUUGCUUUGUGUUACUAACCUUUUGCAUUUGGCAUGGGAGUACUAGGUGAGUCCCUUCCUACUGUGUAAGUAGGUGUGUUUGUGGAUGCUAUAUAUAUUGAGUGUUUUAUAGCUUUAUUUGAUUUCUGUGGGAUAUAUGUUGCUAUUUUUGUGAUUGCCAUUGUGCAGAUCAUUGGAGUGUCAUGCCCUUUAAACACACUCACUCUCAUUUUGCAUUAGGUCCGUUUCAGAGGUGAACCCAACCUCUAGUCUGGAAUCCUAAUGAAUUUGUCUUGGAGGAGUAAUUCUUCCUGCUUUGAGGAGUAAGAUUGGUUCCC